CACCAUUGACAACUCAGUACGUGGAAUUCCUCCAUUGAUGUAAGUUUGAGAGCUUUUUAUAUGUUUAUUUAUGAUAUAUAUUUUCUGUUCACGUUAAUGUUGGCAAAAAGAAAGAAAACAAAAAAAUGGCCUGCUUUUGGGUUUUAGUGAAAAAGCCCCUAUUUUCCGAUUUGCCUUUAACUGUUUUUUAGCAGAGUUUCUGUAGUUAUGGGUUUCUAGCAAGAUGCAUGCCUGAUUACUUGUUUCUUGAGUGCUAGGUUAAACAGACAGCAAUGUCUGUGAGCCAAGUUUACAUCAGGAGAGUUAAACUUACCCAGAUGGAUAAGGGCAUGGAGGAGGAGGGGGAAGACGAAGCUGGAAAGUGUUGGAUGCCGGGGACACCCAAAAAGCAAUCUCCAGUGAAACUGCAAAACGUUUAUCUUAAAAGGCAGUCCAGAGAGCAUACCAAUUCAGAAACAAAGGCCAAUUCUUCUGAUGGAAAGAGUUGUGUAUUUGAUCCUAGUGUCAGCAAGGAACAUGCAGAAAAAGGGGUUUCCCUGAGUCCUGCUUCCAUGAAUUUUUCAGAUGAAAAGAGUUGUGUACUUGAUCGUUGCGUGGUGGCAAUGGUGGGCAAGGACGGGACACCCCAGAGUCCAAUGAAUACUUCGGAUGAAAAAGGUUUUCUUUUUAAUCCUUGUACUGCAACAAUUGGCAAGGAAGAGGAAAAAAUUGGUCCAGGAGAAAGCACUGGCAUGAUAGAUUUGAACAAGAGUAUUUGGGGCUUGCAUGAUGAUGCUGAUUCUGCUUACAUGGACUCUGGAGAACAAGAAAUGGUCUUGCAUCCAGACCAAAAAUCUUUGCACAGCUUUGACCUGCCAAAAGAUACCAACAAUAGUGUUGAAUUAUGUUGUGCACCUAUUCCUGAUUCAAGAGAUACAUGGAAAGCAUCAAUGACCCACAAUGUUCUUGGGGGUGAAUGUUUUGUGUUGUCAGCGAACCAGUUCUGUCCAAGAAAACAAAACCUUUCUCCUCUGGAACAUGUUAUCUCAGGUCCAGAUGAGCUUAGUACAGAAACUGUUGUCUGUGCUGGGGACAGUAACAAUGUAUUACCAUCAGGGGAGACAGUUACACCAGCUGAUUUAGAUGAUAGACAAACUCUAAAAGAGGGAUCAACCCCAAGAGCAUCACAGGACAAGAAAACAAGAAAGAAACCCAAAAGAAAAAGGCAUAGGCCCAAAGUAGUUGUUGACGUGGGACCAAAAAAGAAUACCAUCAAUCCAAAGCUUGCAACUCCGAAAAAAGCUAAAGAGAAGAAGCCUCCUCAGCGAAGAAAAAAUGUAAGGAAAACCAAGGACACCAAGGACAAAAGGUCGCACCCAGAGAAUUUGAAGAGUGAGGGCACAAACUCAAGGUUGGUUGACACCUAUGACUACACAUGUCAUGAAAAUAUCACAAUAAUAUCAGUUCAGGGGAGUACUGUACCAGUGGUGCAGCCUAAUGACCUUCCAUCUAGCAAUAGCCUACAACUGGCUGAAGCUGAACAACUAGAAACCUUGACAGCAAGGGCGAGUGGCAGCGGGAAACUAGCUGCAAAGACAAGUAAGAAAAGAUCAAGGAGGAGAAGGAAAUUAAACUUGUUCAGCAAUCUCUGGCCUUCAACUGCAAGAAGAAUUGGCAAGAAGAGAAAGGUGAUAGUAUAUGGUUGGCGUAGUGUAAAUGGUGUCCGUAGUAACUCAAGACGUUCCAAGAGAAAACCAUCACUUAAAUUCACCCCACUAGGGCUCACGCAGGCUGAGCUUGCUAACCUAUACCAAUGGGAAAACUGGAGUGAGUUGACUCAGCAGCUUGAGGUUACUAACUUAUACCAAUUAGAAAACUGGAACCGGUCCCCAGUUGCCAGUCCAGAAUGCAACCAUUUGGAACAAUCUAUUUUCAAUUCAAAGCUUUACAGUUUUGAAAAUCCUCCUAUGUCAAUUCCACCAUGCAAUGAUUGUCCAAGAAAAGAAUUUGUGUUUGAGAAACUCUCUAGUCCUGAGAAACCCACCGAGCUAGAUUGGGUUGCUUAUCUGAACACUGCGUCCAAUCUGAUGAUACCUGAUGCAUAUGGAUUAUCAUCACUAUGCAACUCUGCCACAGGGGACUGGUUUCAAUUCCAGAGGCCAGGCACACAAGAAGUUUCAAGUGGUAUUCUGGACUUACCUGUGGUGCUAGCUACUCCUUGUGAAACUGAAAGCCAAAGAUUUUGGGCUACUCAUGGAAUGAUUCCCUGUCAAGAGAGAAUUCCAUAUCAGUUCUCUUUUGCAAGAAGUGCACAAGAAGUUUUAUAUGAAGAUGAUUUGAAACUUGUCAUUCAGAAACUGCAGUCUUUACGUGUUAGUGAUAAAGUUGACAAGCUAAGUAAGCAGAAUAAAAAUGCACGUCAAAAGAAGAAUAAAAAUGCUCAUGGAAAAAAGAAUUUCAAAGCUGUUCCACAUCCAGACCAAGGUGCGCAUGGUGCAGUUGUUCUAUUUAAGCAUGGUGAAGUGGUUCCAUAUCUGAAGCCUAAUAAGAAGAAAAUUUGGCCCAAAGUUGUUCUGGAUUCAGAGACAUUAAGACUUUGGAAAUGGCUAAUGAUUACUGAUGGUACAAAGACUGAAGAAGAUUAUAUGGAUGAAGAAAUGGAUGAGGAAAAGAAGAAAUAUUGGAAGGCAGAGCGAGAAAAGUUUCAUAGAUGGGUAGAAGUUUUCAUUGCCCGCCUGCAUUUAGUUUUAGGGAAUAGAGCUUUCCAUAAGUGGAAUGGUUCAGUGACUGAUUCUGUGGGUGGAGUUUUCCUAACUCAAAACGUAUCUGAUCAUCUUUCAAGCUCAGCAUUCAUGAGUCUUCGCUCAAGGUUUCCCCCCAAAUCUAAAGCUUCUAAUGAAAAUACAGAAAUUACAUCUAGUUUAGAAUCAGUUGGAAGCAAUUCUGAUGGUAGCCAAUAUUUCGUUUCUGAACCUGAACCAGAAAGGAGGCGAAAUUUGGGAAAUUUUGCAGAUGCUUCUUUGGUUGGUAUGGUGGAAGAACCAAGUUUGAUACAAAUUGAAGAUAUCACAUCAAAUUCAAGUCCUUGUCACCAAGAAGAGUUGAUGAGUUCCUCACAAACUAUACCAAAUCAUGAACCAGGAGUAACGGAAAGUCAAAACACAAAGCCGCAGCAAAAUUAUGACACAAUGACCCAAAGCAAGAAAAGGAAGAGAGUGGGAACAACAAAGGUAAAAGAACAAGAUUUUUCUGGGAAGGAGUGGAAUGCAGAAAAGAUAAGUACUGCAAAAGGGAAGAAUAAAGGUGUGAAAGAGAAUAAAGUAAACAGUACCGACUGGGAUGCUUUAAGAAGAAUGUACUCCACCAGCGAGCCAAGAAGUAAAGACCAAAUGGAUUCUGUGGACUGGGAAGCAGUUAGGCAGGCAGAUAUUCAUCAGAUAGCAGACGCAAUCAGAGAUCGUGGGCAACAAAUUAUAAUUGCUGGACGGAUAAAGGAUUUUCUAAAUCGAUUGGUUGAACUACAUGGAACGACUGAUCUAGAAUGGCUUCGAAAUGUUCCACCAGAUAAAGCAAAGGAAUACCUGUUGGAAAUACGAGGGCUUGGGUUGAAAAGUGUUGAGUGUGUACGGCUUCUGACACUGCAAAAUGUUGCCUUCCCGGUUGACACAAAUGUUGGUCGAAUAGCAGUCCGGCUGGGAUGGGUACCCCUCCAGCCACUUCCUGAAGAACUUCAGAUACAUCUACUUGAAGAGUACCCAGUGAUGGAUUCUAUUCAGAAGUAUCUCUGGCCGAGACUUUGCACUCUUGACCAGGAAACAUUGUAUGAACUGCACUAUCAACUGAUAACUUUUGGAAAGGUUUUCUGCACCAAGAGAAAUCCAAAUUGUAAUGCUUGUCCAAUGCGAGGAGACUGCAGACACUUUGCAAGUGCAUUUGCAAGCGCAAGGCUUGCUCUACCAGGGCCUUCAGACAAAAGGAUGGUGAGUUCAGCAGUCCAUACAGUUCAUAAAAAAAACCCAAUAUCAGUGCCUGAACUUCCAGAAUCUGGAUACAAAGCCAAGAACCUUGAACCCAUCAUUGAAGAACCCAUCAUUGAAGAACUGCCAUCACAUGUACUUGAAGCUCAAGAAUCAGAGGAACCAGAGAUUGAAUAUGAUUCUGAAGGAAUCCCUAUUAUCAAACUCAGUGCUGAAACGUUCAGGACAAACAUACAGGACUUCAUGGAUAAAAAGUUUCAAGAUGGUAUUGGGCAAAGAGCAUUAGUUGCUUUGAAUCCAAUAGCAGCUUCAAUCCCUGCCCGGAAAUUAAAGGAUGUCAGUCGCUUAAGAUCAGAGCAUCAAGUCUAUGAACUUCCACCAGGCCACCCUCUUCUAGAAGGGUUUGAAAGGGAUCCAGAUGAUAGGUAUAAUUACCAUCUUGCUAUAUGGAGACCAGGUGAAACAGCAGACUCAACUGAUCCACCCCAAAAAACAUGUGAUUCUGAAGGGUCGGACCUUUGCAAUGACCAGAGAUGCUUUUCUUGCAACAAUAUUCGGGAACAAAAUUCCAAUGUAGUUCGUGCCACAUUUUUGAUACCCUAUCGAACAGCAUUAAAAGGCAGCUUCCCACUCAAUGGAACAUACUUUCAAACAAAUGAGGUAUUUGCUGACCAUCAAACUAGUAUUGAGCCCAUUUAUGUUUCAAGGGAUUUGAUAUAUAAUCUGAAAAGAAGAACUGCAUACUUUGGAACAUCAGCAGCAGCAAUACUUAGAGGUGUUGAUACAAAAGGUAUUCAGCAAUGCUUCUGGAAAGGGAUCAUUUGUGUUAGAGGAUUUGACCGGAAAACCGGGGCUCCAAGACGUCUUGUAAACAGAUUACAUUGUUCAGAACACAAGUUGGGGAAGAAGGGAAAAGUAAAACUAAGUGAUGAGUAGGUAGAUAAAAUGGCACAAAGCAGCAAGGCAACAUAUCUCGAAAAUCAUUGUUCAUAUAUUUGAGGAUAAUUGUUUAUGACUGCAUUCAUGUAUAGAAAUUUAGUUUUGCCAUAAAUUUGAAGUUAGAAA